ACAGUUCCCCCUCCCCACUUAGAUACCGCGAAAACGACCUCGAGACGAAAUAUUUUUUAAUUUUGUUAUUUAGUAGUCACUAUUAUUAUUUACCGUUAGUGCUGACUGAGUACUAUCAAGUGGACGUCACUACGCCAGUCAGUUCUCUGUGUUCUGUCGAUCUGGUUAACAAUACCCGGUGUUAAAUUGCCUAAAUACUUAGCAAAUCAAAAUUUUUUCGAAAAUGUCGUACAAAGUCACGUACUUCAACUUCACUGCUCUGGCUGAACCCAUCAGAUUUCUUCUGUCAUACUUAAACAUCGAUUUCGAAGAUUUUCGUUUUGAACGCGAACAAUGGCCUGCACUCAAGCCGACGAUGCCAUUUGGAAAAGUGCCAACAUUGGAAAUUGAUGGCAAAGUAUUGAAUCAAUCAACUGCUAUUACUCGUUAUUUAUCUAAAAAGGCUGGAUUAGCUGGUAGUGAUGAUUGGGAAUCUUUGUUAAUCGAUAUUGCUGUUGAUAAUAUUCAUGAUUUACGACAAGCAAUAGCAUCAUAUGCAUAUGAUCCAAAUGAAGCAACUAAAGAAGCGAGAUAUGCACCUUUGAUCAAUGAAACAAUACCAUUUUACAUGGAUAAAUUUGAAAAAAGUGUCGGAGAAAAUAAUGGAUACUUUGUAAACGGAAAGUUGUCUUGGGCUGAUCUAUUUUUUGUUGCUAUUUUAAACUACUUGAAUUUUAUGGCAAAAAUUGACUUAUUAGAGGGUCGUCCAAACUUGAAAGCACUAAAUGAAAAGGUAUUAGAAAUACCUCAAAUUAAGGCAUGGGUUGCUAAACGACCAACAGACAAUCCUUAAAUAUCAAAGAGUAUAAAACAGCACAUAAUAAUGAUAAGAUGAAGAAAAUUAUAUUUAUUUUAAAUUUAAUUUUACCUCUACAGAUGAAUUUUAUUUUUACACUUUUUAUGAUUAUAUAAUAUUAUUUUUUUUUGAAAAUAAAGCACUUUUGAAAAGUUUUAUGAAAGUUAAUACAGUAUACAUUAUA